AUGUUUGCUUUGCAAAAACGAUUAACUACAUUCUUAUGUUCAGGCAUUAAGAUUGUGGCAGAAUGUAGAUAUGCAAACGCAUCUAAUCAUGUAUUCGUAGACAGUAGAUAUAUGCAAAAAAUUAUCAGCAAAAAAACAGGAGGAAAGAGUUCAAAGACGAAGAAAAAGUGGCAUCAGUCAUUCGCAGCAGAUCCUUUGGAAAUAUUUAAUAUAAAAGAGCCCAGGAAUAAACAGGGAGAGUCGAGGACCGAGUCAACCCGUGCCAGGCAGCUUGGCCAUGUGCUGUAUGAUAAAAUUGUUCAGAUUAUCAACACAGGGGAACUAUCGGAGGAGUUACUCAGCAAACAAGUCUCCAUCACUUCGGUGAAGAUGUUGCCUAGCUUUCAAGGUGUGCAUGUUUGCUGGGAUAACAACCGUACUGAUGCAGCGGAGGUGGAAACUUUAUUACAUGCUCAUGCGGGAAAACUCAGGAGCAUCUUGAUUUCUUACCACGUGUUAGGCCGCAUUCCUACGAUUACUUUCGUGAAGGAGGGGUUGCACACGGACUUAGCACGAUUGGAUCAGCUGUUUGAAAUAGCUGACUAUGGUCCUGACUAUGUUCCGUCUCAGAAUAGCCUUCAGAGAAGCCAACUGUUGUCAGAUUGGGGUAGGCAUUUAGUACCUCAACCUUCAGAUCCACUUGCAGCUAAUAUGAAUAACACAACUGAUGCUGGGUUCUACAGUCCUGAGGCAACAUCAGUCCUUAAAGCCGAAGGUUCUGUAGCACCUGAUUUUGUUGUGAAUGACAAUGAGAAUAGUGAUUCGGACUCUGCUCAGUCUUCAGAAAAUAACACCCAGAGUGUCGGCUCAUCGCUGGGACUAAAAUUUAUGUCCAAUGUGUAUAAUCUGCCACAUAAUGAUCUCAUGAAGAAGGUGAUUGCCCAGAAGGGGAAGCACCCAAGUGAGUUACUAAACAAGGCAGAAGCAACGGUGGAUUUUGAUACCAAGCAGCUGAAGUCCAGAAAGGAUAAGAUAAGGCUGCAGUAUGUGGCAGAUUCCAGCAGGGUUAAACAAAGACUUUUAGAAAGAGAUCCGGAAGACUUCAAGCCUGAGGAUUGUCAAUAA